AUGACAGUCGAUGCUCUCUACAAUCGUCCCGGUCCCAAUCGCCUCAUUCCCAGUGAUGUCUACAAGACCACCGAUGUCACCCAGGCUGUUAAGAUACGCAUUGCCAAGGAUGGCUUGGGCGCUGAAGAGCCCAUUUCCAUUCCCGGCAUUUUGAAACGUACCGUCAACAAUUAUCCCGAUCAUCCUGCGUUGAGAACCAAAAAUGCCAAAAGGGAAUAUACCACCGUGACCUAUAGACAAUAUGAACAAAAAGUCCACCAAGUGGCCAAGGCUUUCAUGAAAUUGGGCUUGGAACCCCAUAAUGCUGUCGGUGUAUUGGCCUUCAACUGUGCCGAAUGGUUCUACUCGGCCAUGGGUGCCAUUCAUGCUGGCGGUGUUAUUGCCGGUAUUUACACCACCAACUCCCCCGAAGCCUGUAUGCAUGUCCUUCAGGAUUCACAUGCCCAAAUUGUUGUGGUCGAUGAUGCCAAACAAAUGGAAAAAAUCCAUGCCAUCAAGGAUAAAUUGCCAAACUUGAAGGCAGCCAUUCAAAUCCAGGAACCUUAUGCUCCAUUCAUGAAGAAGGAGGAUGGUUAUUAUAGGUGGUCUGAAAUUGAAGCCAUGAAUGUUUCCGAUCAGGAUGAUGCACUCAAGAAACGUUUGGAAAAUAUUGCCAUCAAUCAAUGCUGCUGCUUGGUCUACACCGUAAGUAUUCCUUACCAUCGUCCUUCAAUCGCAUUGCCGAACUUGUGA